GUUCUUCCUGUGAAUUGUAGCAGGAUGAAAAGCAGGAAGAUGAUCGACCUAGAGCAAGGAUGGGAGUUCAUGAGGAAGGGUAUCACAAAGCUGAAGAACCGCCUUGAGGGGCUUCCUGAGACCCCGUUCAGCUCUGAGGAAUACAUGAUGCUCUACACAACGGUUUAUGACAUGUGUACUCAGAAGCCUCCUCAUAACUACUCCCAGCAACUGUACGACAGGUACAGAGAAUCCUUUGAAGAGUACAUCACUUCAACGGUAUUGCCUUCAUUGAAGGAGAAGCAUGGUGAGGUUAUGCUGAGAGAACUUGUUAAAAGGGAGGCAAACCAUAAGGUGAUGGUUAGGUGGUUAUCUCAUUUCUUCUAUUAUCUGGAUUGGCACUUCACUCCUCCACAAUCAUUGCCGACCCUUAAUGAAGUUGGCCUGACUUGCUUCCAUGAUCUGGUAUAUAGGGAGUUAUUUGCAAAAGUGGUGGGUGCUGUUAUCUCUCUGAUUGAUCAAGGACGUGAGGGAGGGCAAAUUGACCGAGCUUUACUGAAGGGUGCCUUGGAUAUAUUUGUUGGAAGUGGCAUGGGGAAAAUGAUUGACUUUGAAGCAUCGCUCCUUAAAGAUACCGCUGCAUAUUAUUCUAGGAAGGCUUCAGAGUGGAUACUAGAAAACUCUUUUACAGAUUACAUGCUGAAGGUUGAAGAAUGUCUAAAACAUGAGAGAGACAUGGUUUCUCAUUGCCUAUUUUCAAGUAUUGAGCCGAAGUUACUUGAGUGUGUUGGACAAAACUUGCUCUCUGUCUAUGCAAUCCAACUGCUUCAAAACGAGCGCUCCGAGUAUCAUGCAUUUCUUAGAGAGGAUAAGGUGGAGGAUUUGUUAAGAAUGGUAAGUCGGUUUUCUAAAAUACCUGGGGGCUUAAAUCCUGCUGCAAGUAUAUUUAAACAGCUUGUUGCUGCUGACGGUAUAGCCUUGGUUAGAAAAGCUGAAGAUGCAGCCAGCAACAAGAAAGCUGAGAAGAAGGAUGCGGUUGGUCUGCAUGCACAAGAUUUUGUGUGGAAAAUGAUUGAAUUAGAUGAUAAGUACCUAGCAUAUGUCAAAGAUAAUUUAGAGAACAGCACUCUUUUUCACAAGGCUCGAAAGGAGGCUUUCGAGGUCUUCUGCAAUCAGGGAGUCGGUGGAAGCUCAAGUGCAGAACUGCUGGCCACUUUCUGUGACAAUAUGCUAAAGAAAGGUGGCAGUGAGAAGAACAGUGAUGAAGCUAUUAUUGAGGAAGAGCUUGAGAAGGUGGUGAAACUGCUUUCCUAUAUCAGUGAUAAAGAUCUAUUUGCCGAGUUCCAUAGGAAAAAGCUUGCGAGGCGGCUUCUCUUCGAUAAGAGUGCUAAUGAUGAUCAUGAGAGAAGUAUUUUGACCAAGCUAAAGCAACAAUGUGGUGGUCAAUUCACUUCAAAGAUGGAGGGAAUGGUGACAGAUUUGACAUUGGCAAGGGAAAACCAAAACAGUUUUGAAGAGUAUCUCAGCAACAAUCCUAAUGCAAGUCCUGGGAUUGAUCUGACGGUUACUGUUCUGACAACUGGCUUCUGGCCAAGCUACAAAUCUUUUGAUUUGAACCUUCCAGCAGAGAUGGUAAGGUGUGUUGAAGUUUUCAAGGAAUUCUAUCAGACGAAAACGAAGCACAGAAAACUAACGUGGAUAUACUCCUUGGGUACUUGUAACAUCAUCGGCAAAUUUGAACCAAAAACCAUGGAGCUCAUUGUCACAACCUAUCAGGCAUCUGCUUUGCUGCUUUUCAACACAUCAGAGAGAUUGAGUUAUUCAGAGAUCAUGAAUCAGUUAAAUCUGAGCGACGACGACGUUGUUAGACUUCUGCACUCUUUGUCGUGUGCCAAGUACAAAAUUCUCAAUAAAGAGCCCAACACGAAGACAAUAUUACCGACCGAUCACUUUCAAUUUAAUGCGAAAUUCAUCGACAAAAUGAGGAGGAUCAAGAUUCCACUCCCUCCUGUGGACGAGAAAAAGAAAGUAAUUGAAGACGUUGAUAAGGAUCGACGCUAUGCCAUAGACGCGUCAAUUGUGCGCAUCAUGAAGAGUCGGAAAGUUUUAGGUCAUCAACAGCUGGUUAUGGAGUGUGUCGAGCAGUUAGGACGCAUGUUUAAGCCUGAUUUCAAGGCGAUCAAAAAGCGAAUAGAAGAUUUGAUUACUCGGGACUAUCUGGAGAGGGACAAAGAUAAUCCUAAUUUGUUCAGAUAUCUUGCAUGAAAAACUGCUCGUCUACUGCCCAGCUGCAGAAGUUGCUGCCGAUACGGGAAUGGCAGAUGGGUUCAAUCAUCUUCCACUCGAUUAAUUGGGAGCGCACGAGCUGAAAAUGCCUGUAUAUUUCGCCUUGAGAGCCAAGUACAAAUGGUUAAAGAAUAUGCACCCAUCCUGGAAGAUGUCAUGAAGUGAUUGAUUUGGUCUGAUA